AUGGGUGGUGAGCUGCAAGACAUGGAGGUGCGUUUAAAAGGCGUAUCGGAUAGGUUUCUCGGUAACAAACGCAAAGAUAAAUCGGUAUUCGACGGCUUGAGCAAAAAUAGGAACACGAAUGCGAAUGCGAGUAUGAAUACGAGUAUGAAUAUGAAUACGAAUACGAAUCCUGACAUGAUUAUUAACAUGGAUAUGAACAGUAACACGAAUGCGAAUGCGUAUAGGAAUGCGAAUAUGGAUACGAAUACGAAUAGGGACAUGGGUAUGAAUACGAAUGCAAAUACCAAUACGAACGCCAACACGAACACUAAUAUGAAUAUGAACACGACUAGGAAUAGAAAUAUGAAUAUGAGUUUAACCGCAAAUACUGAUACGAACGGGAACUCGUGUGCAAGUGCAAAAAAAAACUAUCUUAACGCCCUUCCUUCCGAGAGUACACCUGAAAACAGUUUAUGCAAUACGGCCGAAGGUGGGAAUUGCAAUGGUUUCAAUAAAAUUGAUGUUCCAAAUCUCAAAAAUUAUUUGAAUGAUGAAGACGCCAUCGACUUCAAAACGAGUCAACUGCAUGAAUGCCAUAAGAGUAUUGCCGAUUGUGGAUGUGCUGAUAGUUGGUUAAUAUCACAUAAUCUCAACCCACAUUCAGGAUCCGAGUAUGAUAGCGUGAAGUUUUACUUAUUCAAACAUGGUUUUCGUGAUUGUGGCCAGCAAAUAGGUCACACAGAUUGCUCUUUCUAUAAUCGAAAUUUAAACGAAUCGAUCCCCACUAGAAUUCUCAUACACGGCUGGUUGAGCCCGUUGCUCGGCUCUUUUAAUCGCGACAUUAAGAAUGCAUAUUUAUUUAAUGGCAAAUAUAAUAUCAUCAUAUGUGAUUGGAGUAAUCACUCAGCCGAUAUUAGUAAUAAUUACAUCAUUCAUUUAAUUGAAACUGUUGGCUCUAAAGUAGCCAACUUUACUCGGAAAUUGCAUGAGAAAGCUGGCAUAAAUUACGACGACAUCUAUGUAAUUGGACAUUCAUUGGGUGCCCAAAUUGCGGGUGCAGCUGCGGAACUCCUAAAGCCACAUCGGUAUAAUACAAUAUUUGCUUUAGAUCCAGCCGGACCUAACAUUCCUAAAGAUAUACAUCGUAUCAAUUCAGAUGCCGCUCGUUACGUGGAAGUUAUACAAACGAGUCGUUUUGGAUUUGUGUAUUCCAACGUUAAUUCCACUUUCUAUCCAAACUAUUCGUUUAAAAAGGGAAACUUACGGUCAAAGAGCGUUUGUCAUAUCCGUUCCUAUAAGUUAUUUGCUGAAUCGAUUACUUCACGUGUGGGGUUUUUGGGCAUUAGAUGUAAUAGAAGCACACUUAAUAACUGGGAGUGUGAUGAAAAUCUCUUAUACGGCGCAUUUCCAAUGGGCGGUGACCCUUCGAUUAGGAAGAGUGGUAUAUUUUAUGUUGAAACCAACGCAGGCAAACCGUACGCAAUCGUUUAA